AUUACGCCUUUUCCUCAGUGCCUGUAUCAUCUUAAAAUCUCUUCUUCACACAAAUCACAAUUAGCGCCCGCACACACACACUAGCUAUAACGCGGAGAAUGGCUACAGGUGGUGUUGCGUCGGUGGAGGUGGAGAAUAGAGAGUGGUAUGUUGCAAGUUAUGCACCAACGGGUAUUCCCAAUUCUGAGCAUCUUAAGCAACGUACUGUGAGUUUAUCGUUGAGAGAGGAUUCCAUUCCAGAUGGACAUGUGGCAUUCCAAGUCCUCUAUGUCUCCAUUGAUCCAUAUGUACGCACUCAAUUGAGUGGUCUAGAUGAUGGCCUCUCUCUUCCUCAGAUUCCACUUGGCCAGGUGAUAAGAGCAUUAGGAAUGGGGAAGGUAAUUCAAUCUAAGGACACCAAGUUUUCAGAGGGAGAUAUAGUACUUAGCCGUAUUUGCCCUGUUUCAGAAUUUGGAGUUAUGCCCUCAAAUUUACUUCAGAAGAUUACUCCUGCAAUUGGGAUUGCGUUGCCCGAUUAUCUUAGUUGCUUAGGAAUGCCUGGUAUAACUGCGUGGGUGGGCAUAGAAAAGAUAGGAAAUGCUAAAGCGGGAUCGAAUGUGUACAUAUCGGCUGCAGCGGGAGGAGUUGGAAUUAUAGCAGGACAACUAGCCAAAGUAAAAGGGUGUCGAGUUGUUGGAAGUGUUGGUUCAGAUGAUAAGGUGAAGCUAUUGAAAGAAGAAUGUGGCUACGACGAUGCUUUUAAUUACCGUGUAGAGACAGAUUAUGAUGCUGCAUUAACCAAAUAUUUCCCAAAUGGGAUUGACGUUUAUUUUGACAAUGUUGGUGGUAAAAUGCUUGAGGCUGUUCUUAAUCAUGUCAACCACGGAGCUCGUAUUGCACUUUGUGGGAUGAUAUCCGAGUACAACAAGGUUUGGACAGAAAGAGAAGGGGUUCGGAACCUAUUGAACAUGGUG